AUGUCCGCCCUCCUCCACUCGCCCGCCUUCUUCGGCUUCUCCCUCGUCGGCCUCCUCUACAUCGUCCGCUGGCUCUCCAACAACCGGCGCGAGGACCUCUCCAAGCUUCCCAGCGCGCCCCGUCGCCUCGCACACUGGCUCUGGGGACACGAGCUCCUCACCUUCCACGGCCAGGCCACCGAGACCUACACCAAGUGGGCAUCCCAGGUCGGGCCCUUCUUCAAGGUCAAAGGCGCCCUCUUCCACCCCGACAUCAUUGUGGCCGCGGACCAUGCCGCCGUCCAGCACAUCUUCCAGAACUCCGAAGACUACGUGAAGUCGCCGGCAUUUCGCCCGCCCGUGGCCAACGUCCUCGGCAAAGGUCUCGUCUGGGCGGAAGGCGAAGACCACAAAAUGCAGCGGCGCAUUCUUGCGCCCGCCUUCUCACCGGAGGCCAUCAAAGGCAUGGCGGACGACAUCUCAGAGUGCUCCGAAAAGCUCGAGAGCAGGCUAACGAACCACGUCCUCUCCGCCGGUGGCUCCGUCACCGUAAACAUUCUCGAAUACGUCUCCACCGCUACACUCGACAUCAUCGGCCGCGUAGCGUUCGGACACGAUUUUAAGGCCGGCCAGUCGGCCGAGGCCAAAGCGAUCCGCGCGUCGUGGGAGGGCCACGUGAACACCGGCCUCGGCUUCGAGGGCUUCGUCGCGAUGCUCGUCCUCCGCGCGGUGCCGUUCGUCACCGCGCUGCUCACCAAGCUCCCCGUCGAGGGCGUCCGCGCGGGCGGGCGGAUCCGCGAGAUCACGACGAAGCUGAGCAUGCGCCUGCUCGAGAGCGGCGUCGUCAGCGAGAAGGGCCGCGACAUCAUGAGCAUCCUCCUCAAGGCCCAGAAGGAGCAGGAGAAGGCCGGCGGCGGCGCGAAGCUCACCGAGGAGCAGAUCGUUCACAAUGUCAACACCUUUAUCAUGGUCGGGCACGAGACCACUGCGGGCUCGCUCGCUUUCACCCUUCUCGAGCUCGCCCGCCACCCAGACGUGCAGUCGCGCCUCCGUGAAGAGAUUCGCAGCACCGGCCGCGAUCUCAGCUACGACGACGUCCAGCGCCUGCCUUUCCUCGACGCCGUCGUGAAGGAAGGCCUGCGCCUCCACCCCGCGUCCCCGCAAACCGAGCGCGUCGCGCUCCGCGACGACGUCAUCCCGCUCAGCAUCCCCAUCAAGACCGCCUCCGGCGAGACGCUCAGCUCGGUGCGCGUCCGCGCCGGCCAGGUGUUCCACAUCCCGUUCACGACGAUGCACGUCGCGCCCGCGGUCUGGGGGCCGACCGCGGCGGCGUACGACCCCGCGCGGUGGCUGACGCCGGGCGGCGUGCCGCCCCCAAGCGCGCUCCCGCACGGGUGGAGCGGGCUCGUGACGUUCUGCGACGGCCCGCGGAACUGCAUCGGGUACCGGCUCGCGGUGUUCGAGUUCAAGGUGCUGCUCGCGACGCUCGUCCGGGCCCUCGAGUUCCACGAGACGACGGCGGAGGUGCACGCGAAGAUCUCGCCGACGCUCCAGCCGGUCGUCGACGGGCGCGGGGGGAUGCUCCCGCUGCACGUCGCGCUCGCGGCGUGA